AUGGGGACGGGGGGAAGGACCUCAGGCAGGUGCCUGUGGACUGCGCAGAGUCCUCCCGAGUGGUCUCUUAACAACCACCUCAGUGGCUCCCACGUGGCCAGGCAGUGUGUGGCACGUGGCACCUCUCAGGGCCACGGCAAGGCUCGUGGAUGUGAGGGCGCUGUGGUGGAGGCGGGGGAGGCCCCGCGCGCUUCACAGAGGCUGUUCCCCAAGGUCAUUGAGCUAGUCAAGAAGUACGGCACGAAGCAGUGGACGCUGAUCGCCAAGCACCUGAAGGGCCGGCUGGGGAAGCAGUGCCGCGAACGCUGGCACAACCACCUCAACCCCGAGGUGAAGAAGUCCUGCUGGACCGAGGAGGAGGACCGCAUCAUCUGCGAGGCCCACAAGGUGCUGGGCAACCGCUGGGCUGAGAUCGCCAAGAUGCUGCCGGGGAGAACGGACAAUGCUGUGAAGAAUCACUGGAACUCUACCAUCAAAAGGAAGGUGGACACGGGAGGCUUCCUGAGUGAGUCCAAGGACUACAAGCCCCCCGUGUACUUGCUGCUGGAGGUGGAGGACAAGGACGGCCACCAGAGUGCCCAGCCUGUGGAAGGCCAGGGAAGACUUGCAGCCAACUGGCCCCCAGCACCCCCUGCCAUGAAAGAGGAGGAAAGCAGUGAGGAGGAGGCCGCGGCAGCCGCGACUUUGCAGGAGCAGGAGCCUGUCCCUACAGAGCUCGACAGAGUGCAAACGCCAGAGCCCUUGGAGGACUUCCCCAAGCACGAGGACCAGGAGGGCUCCUCACCAGAAACGAGCCUGCCCUACAAGUGGGUGGUGGAGGCAGCAAACCUCCUCAUCCCUGCAGUGGGGUCCAGCCUCUCGGAAGCCCUGGACUUGAUUGAGUCGGACCCCGAUGCUUGGUGUGACCUGAGCAAGUACCUCCCCGAAGAGCCGUCUGCAGAAGGCAGUAUCAACGACAGCCUGGUGCAGCCCCAGGCAUUGCAGCAGCAGGCCCUGCUGCCCCGCCAGCCUGCCGCCCCGGUGCCCAACGUGACCGAGUACCGCCUGGACGGCCACACCAUCUCGGACCUGAGCCGGAGCAGCCGCGGCGAGCUGAUCCCCAUCUCUCCCAGCACUGAAGUUGGCGGCUCAGGCGUGGGCACACCACCCUCCGUGCUUAAGAGGCAGAAGAAGAGGCGUGUGGCUCUGUCCCCCGUCACGGAGAAUAGCGCCAGCCUGUCCUUCCUGGACUCCUGCAACAGCCUCACCCCUAAGAGCACACCUGUCAAGACACUUCCCUUCUCGCCCUCCCAGUUUCUGAACUUCUGGAACAAACAGGACACGUUGGAGCUGGAGAGCCCCUCGCUGACGUCUACCCCAGUGUGCAGCCAGAAGGUGGUGGUCACCACGCCCCUGCACCGGGACAAGACGCCCCUGCACCAGAAACACGCAGCGUUUGUGACCCCAGAUCAGAAGUACUCCAUGGACAACACUCCCCACACACCAACCCCGUUCAAGAACGCCCUGGAGAAAUACGGACCCCUGAAGCCCCUGCCGCAGACCCCACACCUGGAGGAGGACUUGAAGGAGGUGCUGCGCUCCGAGGCCGGCAUCGAGCUCGCUAUCGAGGACGACGUGAGGCCCGAGAAGCAGAAGAGGAAGCCAGGGCUGCGGCGCAGCCCCAUCAAGAAGGUCCGGAAGUCUCUGGCUCUCGACAUUGUGGAUGAGGACGUGAAGCUGAUGAUGUCUACACUGCCCAAGAAUGUGUCCUUGCCGACAACUGCCUCAUCCAGCUCCUCCAGCCUCACCCUGUCAGGGAUCAGAGGGGACAACAGCCUGCUCAACCAGGGCUUCCUGCAGGCCAAGCCCGACAAGGCAGUGGUGGCCCAGAAGCCCCGAAGCCACUUCCCGACACCUGCCCCGAUGACCAGCGCCUGGAAGACAGUGGCCUGCGGGGGGACCAGGGACCAACUCUUCAUGCAGGAGAAAGCCCGGCAGCUCCUGGGCCGCUUGAAGCCCAGCCACACGUCUCGGACCCUCAUCUUGUCCUGAGGGGCUGGGCGGUCACGAGCCCGUUCUCAUGUUUACAGGGGCUAGGGGGCAGAGGGGUCUGAAUUUGAGAUUCUCACUCAGGUGACCACCCGCCUGCAGGGAGCCUUCUCUGCCUGCCCCUCCCAGUCUGCUCAGGUCGGGGCAGGAGGGCUGUCCCGCCGCCCAGUCCAGCUGCAGGCGGUUCCUGGUGCUAACAGAACAGGGCCCCACUCCUGGGCCUGCCUGGUUCCCUCCCCAGUGCCACAGGGAGCCCAGUUAGUGACUCCCAAGCCUGGGUCAGGCCUGGCCUCAUCUCAGACCCUGCUCAGGAUAGGGGGCGAGGCAGGGUUGCUCCUUUCCUCAUCCCCUGUUGGUGCAUUUUCUUGAAAGAAUAAAAUC